AGCCAGAGUGGCGGUCACGGUCCAGGAGGAGGCAAAAAGGAUGACAAGGAUAAGAAAAAGAAAUAUGAGCCCCCAAUUCCCACCAGAGUUGGAAAGAAAAAGAAGAAGACAAAAGGACCAGAUGCUGCCAGUAAACUACCCCUGGUUACCCCUCACACUCAGUGCCGCCUGAAGCUAUUGAAACAGGAACGGAUUAAGGACUACCUUCUAAUGGAGGAAGAGUUCAUCAGAAACCAGGAACAAAUGAAACCUCUGGAAGAAAAACAGGAGGAGGAAAGGUCCAAAGUGGAUGACCUGCGAGGGACACCCAUGUCCGUGGGCACUCUGGAAGAGAUCAUAGACGACAACCAUGCUAUUGUAUCCACCUCAGUUGGAUCAGAACAUUAUGUUAGCAUCUUGUCCUUUGUGGAUAAAGAUCUGCUGGAGCCAGGCUGCUCAGUCCUGCUCAACCAUAAGGUUCAUGCUGUGAUUGGGGUGCUAAUGGAUGACACUGAUCCCUUGGUGACUGUGAUGAAAGUGGAGAAGGCCCCUCAAGAAACCUAUGCGGACAUCGGGGGACUGGACAAUCAGAUCCAGGAGAUAAAGGAGUCAGUGGAGCUGCCUCUUACACAUCCAGAGUAUUAUGAGGAAAUGGGCAUAAAGCCCCCCAAAGGUGUAAUCCUCUAUGGACCACCUGGCACAGGUAAAACACUGCUAGCCAAGGCUGUAGCCAAUCAAACAUCUGCCACGUUCCUGCGUGUGGUGGGCUCUGAGCUUAUCCAGAAGUACCUGGGAGACGGGCCCAAGCUAGUACGAGAGCUCUUCAGGGUGGCAGAGGAACACGCGCCCUCCAUCGUCUUCAUCGAUGAAAUCGAUGCCAUCGGGACAAAGAGGUAUGACUCCAAUUCUGGUGGUGAAAGGGAGAUCCAAAGGACCAUGCUAGAGCUACUCAACCAGUUGGACGGCUUCGACUCAAGGGGUGACGUCAAAGUUAUAAUGGCCACCAAUCGGAUAGAAACUUUGGAUCCAGCCCUCAUCAGACCUGGGAGAAUUGACCGAAAGAUUGAGUUCCCCCUGCCUGACGAGAAGACCAAAAGAAGGAUUUUCCAGAUUCACACGAGCCGCAUGACAGUAGCUGACGAUGUUACCCUAGAUGACCUCAUUCUGGCAAAGGACGAUCUUUCGGGAGCAGACAUAAAGGCCAUCUGCACAGAGGCAGGCCUCAUGGCACUGCGAGAACGUCGCAUGAAAGUCACCAAUGAGGACUUCAAGAAGUCCAAGGAAAACGUAUUGUACAAGAAGCAGGAAGGCACACCAGAGGGGCUCUACCUCUAA